AUGGCAGCGCCUCCACCGCAGCAGCCCGCCCAACCUGCAUCGCCGACAAAGAGUGUUCCGGAUGACCCAAAGAACAAGCGUGUCAACCAGGCAUGUAUCCUGUGCAGGAAGCGCAAGUCCAGGUGCCACCUCGACUAUGAAAACGGCCGAGCCAAGCUCCCGUGCGCCCGUUGCAAGCGCGAGAGUCUCGAGUGUGUACUGGGUGGGUCAAACAGAGGUGGUAGGCGCGUGAGAAGGAAAACCCUUCCCGACAAUGCACCCAGCAACAUCGCCCCCAGUGGCAGCGCUCAAACGCCAUCCGGGCCCUUUUCCUCUGUUGGCGUGGGCGGUGAUAAUGUUUCUUUCCAUGGGCUUGGUAAUAUGGGUACGGCAACUGCCACUUCGCCGGUAGAGAGCCGUCUCAACUUCAGCGGUCUUGAACCCAGCAAUGCACGCCCACACCCCGUGGAACCGGCACAGCAGACCGCAGGGUCCCCGUCGAUGGAGUUUGCAAACUUGCAGAAUCCUUCCGACGCGCUGGGGAUUCUGGCCCGUGUCGCCGAAGAGGGAACACCGGCAAAUGCGCAGCACCGGUCGAGCUUUGCACAGCCGGGUAACCCAGAACGGCUGCACACCUCGUACCGGCUGUUGGCAGAAGGCAAGCUCACAUGGGGACAGGUAUUUCAGCUGCUGCAACGCUACAAAACCUAUUAUCAUCCAUACUUCCCGCUGGUGCCGCCUCAAACGUUUGAUACCACAAGGCUGUAUGAAACGGCGCAGCGGGAACCACACCUACUCACGGCCAUUUUGGUUAUUGCAUCGAAAGAUCUCAUUGAAGAAACCCACACAUAUGAGGUUUGUUCCGCACACAUGAAAAGUUUGGUCGCCGAUCUGGCUGCUGGCGGGCCUGGUGACGUUGAAGCCGUCGAGGCUUUGCUUCUGCUUGCGGAGUGGACCCCAUAUACGCAAAGGGCACACUCCGGAAAGGUAGGCAAAGGGGAGGAAGACCGUGAGGCAUGGAACUCGAGUGGAGUAGCACUUCGGCUUGCCUAUUAUCUGGGGCUUGAGAAAUACUCUUUCAAAGUUGAUGAUGAUGGUAAAGAUCCGCAAUUUAGUAGGAAGCUGUUGGUGUGGACAGCGUGUUAUAUAGCUGACAGGCAAAUAUCUAUCCGUAUCGGCAAAGCAUUUUGGUCAAGAGGACCGGGCCCCUUGACCACCCUCCGACGAGAAAACUAUCCGUCCUUGCUCCCCAAAAACCCGAAUGACGAAGAUUACGCCAGCAUCUUCCAAGCCACGUUGGAAUUGACAUCGUUGUUUAGCAACGUACACGACGUGCUGUAUUCCAAUGUUGGAACCAGCUUCCGCUCGCAUCUAUCCGGAAGCUACAUCAAAUUCAUCGACGACUUCCGCGCCGCAACAUACGGCUGGAAAGCCGUUUGGGGCACACUGACGUGCUCGCCUCACCUCAAAGCCAUGCUGCUGAUGAGCUACGACUACCUGCGCUUAUAUGUCAACGCUUUUGCCUUCCAGGCCACCGUUCGACGCGUACAGGCAUCGCUCAAUACGUCCGAAAAUCCCGCUUCCACAACCACGAGCCCCGCGUUCCCGCAGUCGCCAUCCCGCGUCUUCUACAACAAUGUCGGCGCGGUUGGCGAUGCGCGCUUCAUCUACGAAGGUCUCGACGCUGCCAAAGCAAUUCUCACGACCGCCAACAACUUCGUCGACCCGGAGAAGGCUUUGCGCUUUAUGCCAUUGCGCUUCUACCUGUACCUCGUGUACGCGGGGGUGUUCCUGUUCCGUGCCAAGUGCGUGGGCGUCGUGGGCGCGGAGGAAGAGCGCGGCGUGCGCCGCAUGGUAGGCGAGACGGUCGAGCGGCUACAGCGCAGCGCGGUCGGCGGCACGCACCUCGGAUCGCGGUACAGUCAGCUACUGCGGCUGCUGUGGAUGAAAGCCGACAGCAGCAGUAUUGGUGGCGCGGCGCUCAGGGCUGGUGCUGCGGCCUCGCGCUCCGGCCGCGUCGGUGCGGCCUUCAACCCUGCCACGGCGCCUGUCUCGCACGCCACGCCUUCCGCCUCGUCUCAGGUCGGCAGCACCGGCGGUAGGGAAUACGGCGUCCCUGAUAACAGCAGCCCACUUGCUGGCGGUGGCCAUAGCGGGAACGCCCCCGCGGGCGUAGAGCAGAUCGGCGACUUUAGCUGGACAGAUCUGAGCGCGGUCGGAGAGUUUGCAGUAAAUGGGUACAAUGGGCAGGGCCUGGACCAGGAUGCGCUAUGGGGCGGCUUCCUGCCGCUUGAGGUGGGCGGCGUGUGGGACGUUGGCCAGUUUGACAUGAAUGGAGGGGCGGGAAGCAGCGGGAGUGGUGGUAGCGGUGGCGGUAGCGGUGGUGCAGGCGAGGGGCUGGGUAUGAUGUUUUGA